CUAGUUUGACACAAAAUAAACGAAAGGCGUAGUUUUGGGACAGCAAAACCAAACACCAUUGGGUUUUCAUUUCUUCUCUUUUCCCCUUUCUGUCCUCGCAUUUCCGAUCACUUCCGAUUCUCACAGUUAGGGUUUCGAGAAAAUCCACCGCGCCUUCUCCCUCUCUCCGAUCGCGAUGCAGCUCUAGGGUUCCUCCCUCUCCUUUCACCGCCGAUCUUGGUUCAGAUUUUCGAUUCUCGUACAUGCCAUUAAGAAGAAGAUGUAUAGCAAUUUCAAAGAGCAAGCGAUAGAGUACGUGAAGCAAGCCGUGCAGGAAGACAAUGCAGGAAACUACACGAAAGCCUUCCCUCUCUACAUGAACGCCUUGGAGUACUUCAAGACGCAUCUCAAGUACGAGAAGAACCCUAAGAUCAAGGAAGCCAUCACGCAGAAAUUCACCGAGUACCUGCGCCGCGCCGAGGAGAUUCGCGCCGUCCUCGACGACGGAGGCCCCGGCCCGGCCUCCAACGGGGACGCAGCUGUCGCUGCUAGGCCCAAGACCAAGCCCAAGGACGGCGAGGGCGGCGGCGACGGGGAGGACCCCGAGCAGGCCAAGCUCCGGGCCGGGCUCAACUCGGCCAUCAUUAGAGAGAAGCCCAACGUGAAGUGGAACGACGUCGCAGGGUUGGAGAGCGCCAAGCAGGCCUUGCAGGAGGCUGUGAUUUUGCCUGUGAAGUUCCCUCAGUUCUUCACUGGUAAAAGACGACCCUGGAGAGCUUUUCUGUUGUAUGGACCUCCCGGAACAGGAAAAUCGUAUUUAGCCAAGGCAGUUGCAACGGAAGCCGAGUCCACAUUUUUCAGUGUUUCUUCAUCAGACCUUGUUUCAAAGUGGAUGGGUGAAAGUGAAAAGCUGGUUUCAAACCUUUUUCAAAUGGCUCGAGAAAGUGCCCCUUCUAUCAUAUUUAUUGACGAAAUAGAUUCCCUAUGUGGUCAGCGUGGAGAAGGCAAUGAGAGUGAAGCUUCAAGACGAAUUAAAACAGAGCUUCUGGUGCAGAUGCAGGGUGUAGGACACAAUGAUCAGAAAGUUCUUGUUCUUGCAGCAACAAAUACGCCCUAUGCCUUAGACCAGGCAAUAAGGCGUCGUUUUGAUAAGCGCAUAUAUAUUCCACUACCAGAUUUGAAGGCUCGUCAACACAUGUUCAAGGUGCAUCUGGGAGAUACUCCCCAUAACUUGACUGAAAGUGAUUUUGAAUACUUGGCUAGCAGGACAGAGGGGUUUUCUGGUUCAGAUAUAUCUGUUUGUGUAAAGGAUGUCUUAUUUGAACCUGUUCGCAAAACCCAAGAUGCAAUGUUCUUCUUUAAGAAUCCUGAGGGUAUGUGGAUCCCAUGUGGACCAAAGCAACAGGGUGCAGUACAAACCACAAUGCAGGAGCUUGCUGCAAAAGGACUUGCUUCUCAGAUCCUUCCGCCCCCUAUUACAAGAACAGAUUUUGAUAAGGUACUCGCUAGACAAAGGCCUACAGUAAGCAAAAGUGACCUUGAUGUUCACGAGAAAUUCACGAAGGAGUUUGGAGAGGAAGGUUGAUAUUGAUGGAAUUUCACUUCAACGGUCCACACUGGUUUCAAAUAUAUGGUUAUAAUUUGUAAUUUAUUUAGCUGUUGGAACGAAUGAAAUGCAUCCUUUUCAAUUUCCUUUGGGGGAUGUGAAGUCCCCAUUUGUACCGAGGUGGAUUUAUAAAGGUCGAUACUCAUUUUGCUUCAUCUAAAUUGUGUAUAACAGAAUUUGAAAUGAUUUGAAAAAAUAACUCGUGUGAUGCUGGUUGCUCA